AUGUUCGCCCGAUCCGCCUUCCGCGCCAACACGGCCGCCUCCAUCAUCGGACGUCGAGGCUUCCACUCAACUCGCUCGCAGCUUGGCUCUGGCUUCCACUACCCGGAGGGCCCUCGCUCCAACAUCCCAUUCAACCCAUUGACCAAGUUUUUCUUCGUUAGAUACUGGGCCUUCAUGGCUACCGGGUUCGCUCUUCCAUUCGCCAUUGCUGUUGACUUCUCGGGCUACGCCGUUUUUGUAGACUUUGAUGCCUUUGGAGAUGAAAUCAUUGGUUGA